AUGGAGAACAGCACCAGGUGGCCAGACCUUCAGACUUUCCAGCAAAACAGCAGCUCAUCAGACCCGUUCUCCUCCUUCCUCGUGCCUCUACAGGAUUUACCGACUUCUCCAGCGCCCCCGCCCCCGGUGAUUUCCCCUAACAUGCCUUACAUGGCGGCCGAGCUCAUCAUCGCCUUUCUCUCCACAGCCGGCAAUUCGCUGGUCUGCGCCGCCGUGGGCCUCAACCGCAAGCUCCGCACGGUCACCAACUACUUCCUGGUCUCGCUGGCGGUGGCCGACAUCUGCGUGGGCGCCAUCGCCAUUCCAUGCGCCAUCCUGACCGACGUGGGCCUGCCGCGGCACAACCUGUACCUGUGCCUGCUCAUGCUCAGCGUUCUGAUCAUGUUCACGCAGAGCUCCAUCUUCAGCCUCCUGGCGGUGGCCGUGGAGCGCUACGUGGCCAUCUUCAUGCCUUUCCGUUACCAGGUCCUGAUGACGUCUCGGAACGCCGUGCUCGUGAUCCUCGCCACGUGGCUGCUGGCGUUCCUCAUCGGGCUGGUGCCUCUGAUGGGCUGGCACAAGACCCCGCCCGACUCCGGCUACUGCUUCUUUGUCCUGGUGGUGGACAUGACCUACAUGGUCUACUUCAACUUCUUUGCCUGCGUGCUGGCGCCCCUGCUCUUCAUGUUCUUCAUCUACGCCAAGAUCUUUGUCACCGUCAAGCAGCAGGUGCGGCGCAUCGCGCCCGAGCGCCAGAGCAGGGACGCAGCUAGCGUGCGCCGGGAGAUGAAGAUGGCCACGUCCUUGUUCCUGGUGGUCUUCCUCUUCACGGUCUGCUGGAUCCCGCUUCACGUCAUCAACUGCUUCCUGCUGCUGUGUCCGCACUGCCACGUGCCCCUGGAGCUGCUGCUGACCGCCAUCAUCCUGUCCCACGCCAAUUCGGCCGUCAACCCUUUCCUCUAUGCGUACACCAUGACAGCUUUCAGGGACACGUUUAAGGCCAUUUUCCUGUGCUGCACAACCCUGGGGAACAGGGGGGCGCUAAACAGGUCCAGCAGCGGUGCGGAUACGAGCAGCCGACCCGAAUGA